AUGGAGGGAGAAAUGCAGCCCGCAGACGAGGGGCCCCGCGUCCCGAAGAUGUGCCGACUACAACGGGGGCCGUACAGCCCCCUCAAAACCUUUUCAAGUAAACAGUCGGCGGCCAGGUCGCGCUUUGACAGAUCCACUGGGGUCGAGGUCCCUGGCGAUGUUGGCGGACAUCACUUCACCUAUCAUCCGGGACAGCCUCAUCCCUUUCAGCCGCAUCAUCAUCAUCAGCAUCAGCAGCAGCAGCAGCAGCAGCUCUGCCAAACCUCCGCCGCUAUCAGCAGCAGCCAGCAGCAUCCGCCGAUGCCACAGCAGCAGCGGCAUCGUUUCCCCUGUGAGAGUAGGCCCAGCAGUACAGUCGCGACAUUCACCUCAGCGGCGGAGCAGACACACGCCGGCAGCGCCACGGCGGCGCGUCACGAGCCCAGAGACCUGAACGAUCCUCCAGACUGCACGUACGGCAUCAGCUCAGAGAAUCGUCUGAUCUUGGACACCUUUGCCCAGCAGUGCAGCCGAGUGCUCAGCCUUCUGAACAAUGGCCAUCUCCUUGAGCCAUCCUCUCCCCUUGUCUCCAGCAUCAAGCAGGAGGACAGUCCCACAGAUGGGCUCCAGGGGAGUCACUACUCCUCUGUUGGGAAGCCCAAAUCCAAAGAGAGCACAUCCACCACAGACCCCGAUGAGGAAUCUAAGCAAAGCCGCUGGAACCAACAGCAAAUGUCCGCCUUCCUCCGCAUCUUCACAGACUCUCUACAGAACUACAUGAUGUCUGGACCCCAGCAGCAGCAGCAGCAACAAUCCCAUCACCCGGCUCCCAGUCCAGAGGAUGAGCAGUGUCCAACAGCGGAGCCAGGGCCUGCCGUGUCCCCUCAAGGCCACAACCUAGGAGGCUGGAGCUCCCCAACGCCAUCAGAGUCCUACGGUCACCCUUCAUCUACAUUGCCCGAGGAGGAGGAAGAGGAGGAAGAGAACUGCUGCCCGCGCUGCCUGGAGUUGGAGCAGGAGGUUUUGUCUCUGCAGCAGGAGAAUGAGGAGCUCCGCAACAAGCUGGAGAACAUACCAGCUCCCUGUCAGAAUGUCCUGGACUACUUCAAGACUGUUCUCCAAUUCCACAACCAGUUGGUCCAGCCAAUACCAGAAGAGCAGCUAACUGAGGUGUGAAAACAUUGCACACUGUACCAUGAAGAAGAACGGCAAACAGUGUUUGAGGGUAGUAAACAGCUCCUUGGAAACUAUCCUCUCUUCAUCACUAAUAAGCAAUGGGAUGUAGCCGUCAACUCCUCCAAGAAAGAUGGCCGCCGGCUGCUGCGGUACCUGACUCGCUUUGUUUUCACUACUGACGAGCUCAAGUAUUCCUGUGGUUUGGGCAAAAGGAAGCGCUCGGUCAACUCAGGAGAGCCUGGCCUGGAGAGACGGCCGCUUAACCCUGUCAAAGUCAGCUGCCUCAGAGAGUUCAUCAGGAUGCAUUGUGCCUCCAACCCAGACUGGUGGAUGCCAUCAGAGGAGCAAAUCAACAAAGUGUUCAGCGACGCGGUGGGGCACGCACGUCAGGGCCGGGCCAUUAGAACCUUCCUGUCCGGUGGAGGCAGCGGCAGCGGCAGCAGUAGCAGCAGCCUCUACAUGGAUGGCUAUGACGGACAUCUGACAAAGGAUGAGCUGUAUUUAAAAGGCUGUCAGAACGGCCAAGCUGAUUGA